GCGGUUGGAGGGGAUAUCUGCGCUUGCGCGUACGGCGUGCGUGCGUGUUCCUCCAGUUUUUUUCGUCUUCUUUUAUAUGUUUCUUUACCGCGAUGGUAAGGGGGUUUCAGCGAUAGUGUGAAAACAAGCUAACUGUAUGUGUGUGCGUCUGGAAAGCAGUGAUGCUAUCGUGAAAAGCCCAGCUAGUAUGAAGAAACUACUAUGCGAAGCAUCAUCGCAACCGUUGCUCCAGCCCUUUAAACAACUAUUACCAGUUUCUAAAAUGCUUUUUAUCCGGUGACAUGGAGUUUUACCGCCCCAUCUAGCGAUCAUCAUCAUAAAGUAGGUUGUUCUUGAUUCGACCAAUGCAAGCAAACAUGCAGGAUGUGGGGUCAGAAACUCUGGCUGUUACCCAUUAUUGUCUUUAUUGCGGCACCCGUCUUCUUUCUCAUAACGUACGCCAUAGCUGUAGCCUUCAAACAUGUCGAUCCAGCGUUUCCUUACAUCAGUGACACUGGGACAUACCCUCCAGAGAGCUGCGUAUUCGGACAACUACUCAAUAUACUUGCCUUAUUAAUCGGAAUGACGCUGUAUAUUAGAUUUCGGCAGGUCGAUGAAAUGUAUCAGUCUUCAGGAAGAAGACUACUAUUAGUUUUUAACAAAUUUGCAUUCGGAAUUGGACUUCUAGCAGCGGCAGGAGUAAGCAUUGUCGCAAACUUUCAAGAAUCUAAUGUUCUCGUGGGACAUGUUGUCGGUGCUGUCCUAGCAUUUGCUCUUGGAACUCUGGGAUAUGGAUGGACUCAAACGAUAAUAUCUUAUCGAACACGCCUGCCUGGAUCUACACACAUCCUCUGUCAUUUUCGUUUGACGUUGUGUAUAUUUGGUACAGUUCUCUUCUUAGUCGGAAUUACAGCAUCUCACUUAUCUUUCAAGAAGAAAAAAUUCAUUACUUCAGCCAAGCAUUGGAAACCCACAGACGAGGGAUUUGCUGAACAUCUCGUUGCAACUAUAUCUGAGUGGUUGUUAGCCAUACUGAAUGUAGCUUACUUGUUGACUUUCCUGCCUGAAUUUAAACUUUUCUCAAUGGAUCCGCCACAAUUAACUUUCCACACCACUGAGGCUAUCGGUGCAACCUCUGACGAAGUUGCUUUGGAGAUUUCCAGGGACACAUCUAACCAAACAGCUUUAACUAAAAUUGACGGUCUCAGUAACAUCAAAGAAGUUGAUUACACUCAUGCGUAGUCAAUGGCUAAAUUAUUUUGAUUGAUAUUGGAAAUCGAUACAUCGUACAAAAAAUACACUAACACAUCUGUUAACUACCAAGUCGAAAUCAUUGUUAUUAAUCGCGUCUGAGCAGGAUAACGUUAAUUAACCACUGUAGCUUUUUGUUUUGCUCAAAGUGGAGAAAUUAUCGUGUUUUUUUUUUCUGUUUUUGUUUUUGUUUUACUCAUCAUGAAUUGCGAACUACCGAGUAAAUUUGCUGGACGAUGUUAAUCCAACGCAUCUCCAUAAAAGAAAAACUGUACAAAACUGUUAAACUAACCAACAUAAGAGAAAAUAUGGUUACUGAAUAAAUGAAGGGAACGAGUGAAUGAAAUGAAAAAGUAAAAAGUUAUUUUACGGACAAUAAUCAGUUUAAUAUUUUAUACACAGACUAAAACAUUGUCUUCUUUACGGAGAGGUUUAUAUUACAUGUAUGGCUUGUA